CACGGCUCCCGCCCCUCCGCCCGCUCCGCCGCUCUCGCUCCGCGCUCCGCCACCCUCGCGCCCGCCAGCCCCGCAACUUCACCCCGCGCGCCGCAGCUGCUGCGAGCGGACGCAGCAGGGCAGCGGGCGCUGGGGACAGCUCGCGUCCACCCGACUGCCUCCCGGGGUCCCCUUCACCCAAGUGAGCGAGCUCAGGCUGUGUGCAAAGCCGGAGGUGCGGGCAGCUCCGGGCAUUGCAUUGGUGCGGAGGCUUUUAUAUGCCAGAGAACCCUGAGUGUGCCCCUGACAUGACCAGGAGCCGUCGUCGUUAGGACUACCAACCAGACUCCCGGAAAUCAUGUUAGUAGGAUCCCAGUCUUUUUCACCUGGAGGGCCCAAUGGGAUCAUUAGAAGCCAGUCCUUCGCGGGUUUCAGCGGCCUCCAGGAAAGGCGAUCCAGGUGUAACUCCUUCAUUGAAAAUUCCUCCGCUCUCAAGAAGCCUCAGACCAAACUGAAGAAAAUGCACAAUUUAGGCCACAAAAACAACAAUCCCCCCAAAGAGCCUCAGCCUAAAAGGGUGGAAGAAGUCUACAGGGCCUUGAAAAAUGGACUUGAUGAAUAUCUGGAGGUUCACCAGACGGAGCUGGACAAGUUGACAGCUCAGUUAAAAGAUAUGAAAAGAAACUCUCGCCUGGGUGUGCUGUAUGACCUAGACAAGCAAAUUAAAACAAUUGAAAGAUACAUGAGACGCCUGGAGUUUCACAUAAGUAAGGUAGAUGAACUCUAUGAAGCUUAUUGUAUCCAGCGACGCCUCCAGGAUGGUGCCAGCAAAAUGAAGCAAGCCUUCGCAACAUCCCCUGCCAGCAAAGCUGCCCGGGAGAGUCUGACAGAGAUCAAUCGGAGCUACAAGGAGUACACGGAGAAUAUGUGCACCAUUGAAGCGGAGCUAGAGAAUCUGCUGGGAGAAUUCUCCAUCAAGAUGAAAGGUCUGGCUGGCUUUGCACGCCUCUGUCCUGGAGAUCAAUAUGAAAUUUUCAUGAAGUAUGGCCGGCAGCGGUGGAAACUGAAAGGGAAAAUAGAAGUAAAUGGCAAGCAGAGCUGGGAUGGAGAAGAAACAGUUUUUCUGCCCCUGAUAGUUGGGUUCAUCUCCAUCAAGGUCACGGAGCUCAAAGGGCUAGCAACUCACAUCCUGGUAGGUAGCGUGACCUGUGAGACCAAAGAGCUGUUUGCAGCCCGACCUCAGGUAGUGGCUGUCGACAUCAAUGAUCUUGGCACCAUCAAACUGAACCUGGAAAUCACCUGGUAUCCAUUCGACGUGGAGGACAUGACCACAUCCUCAGGCGCUGGGAACAAGGCGGCAGCCCUUCAGAGGAGAAUGUCCAUGUACAGCCAGGGUACCCCGGAAACACCCACCUUCAAAGACCACUCCUUCUUUAGGUGGCUGCAUCCUUCCCCAGACAAGCCCAGGUGGCUGUCUGUCUUGAGUGCCUUGCAAGACACUUUCUUUGCCAAGCUGCACCGCAGCCGCUCCUUCAGUGACCUGCCUUCCCUCAGGCCGAGUCCCAAGGCCGUGCUAGAGCUCUAUUCGAAUCUACCUGAUGACAUCUUUCAAAAUGGAAAGGCAGCCGAGGCGAAAAUGCCACUGUCACUCAGCUUCAGUGACCUGCCCAACGGGGACUGCGCCCUCACCUCCCACUCAACAGGCUCCCCUUCCAACUCAACAAAUCCAGAAAUUACCAUCACCCCUGCGGAGUUUAACCACAGCAGCUUGGCCUCCCAGAAUGAGGGUAUGGAUGACACCAGCUCAGCAUCUUCCAGGAACUCCUUGGGAGAAGGCCAAGAGCCAAAGUCACACCUGAAGGAGGAAGACCCAGAGGAGCCCAGAAAACCUGCCUCGGCCCCGUCUGAGGCUUGCCGCCGACAGUCCUCAGGUGCUGGGGCUGAGCACCUGUUCCUUGAGAAUGAUGUUGCAGAGGCACUUCUGCAAGAGUCCGAGGAGGCCUCUGAGCUCAAGCCUGUGGAACUGGACACUAUGGAAGGAAACAUCACGAAGCAGCUGGUCAAGAGGCUCACAUCCACAGAGGUGCCAGUGGCCACAGACAGGCUGCUCUCUGAGGGCUCUGUUGGUGGAGAAUCCGAAGGCUGCAGAUCGUUUCUAGAUGGAAGCUUAGAGGAUGCUUUUAAUGGGCUUUUCCUUGCAUUAGAACCACAUAAAGAGCAGUAUAAAGAGUUUCAGGAUCUGAACCAAGAAGUCAUGCAUUUGGAUGAUAUUCUAAAAUGCAAGCCAGCAGUAAGCCGCAGCAGGUCUUCCAGUUUAAGUCUUACAGUUGAAAGUGCUUUAGAAAGCUUUGAUUUCCUGAACACCUCUGAUUUUGACGAGGAGGAGGAUGGUGACGAGGUUUGUAAUGUUGGCGGAGGUGCUGACUCAGUAUUUUCAGACACCGAGACUGAGAAACACAGUUACAGGUCGGUUCACCCAGAAGCCAGGGGGCAUCUCAGUGAAGCGCUCACUGAAGACACAGGAGUUGGGACCAGUGUGGCAGGAAGUCCUCUCCCACUGACCACAGGCAACGAGAGCCUGGACAUCACCAUCGUCAGGCACCUCCAGUACUGCACCCAACUCGUGCAGCAAAUUGUUUUCUCAAGCAAAACCCCAUUUGUGGCAAGAAGUCUCUUAGAGAAGCUUUCUAGGCAGAUCCAAGUGAUGGAGAAACUCGCAGCUGUCAGUGAUGAGAACAUAGGAAAUAUCAGUUCUGUUGUGGAAGCCAUACCAGAAUUUCACAAAAAGCUGUCUUUGCUGUCAUUCUGGACCAAGUGCUGCAGCCCAGUUGGUGUCUACCACAGCCCAGCGGACAGAGUGAUUAAGCAGCUGGAGGCCAGCUUUGCCAGAACUGUCAACAAAGAAUAUCCAGGACUUGCAGACCCAGUGUUUCGAACCCUGGUGUCCCAAAUUCUGGACCGGGCUGAGCCUCUGCUUUCCUCCAGCCUGUCCUCAGAAGUCAUCACUGUUUUCCAGUAUUACAGUUACUUCACCAGCCACGGCGUCAGUGACCUGGAGAGUUACCUGAGCCAGCUGGCCAAGCAAGUUUCCAUGGUUCAGACUCUGCAAUCACUAAGAGAUGAAAAACUGCUACAAACCAUGAGUGACCUUGCUCCCAGUAACCUCCUGGCCCAGCAGGAAGUACUCAGGACUCUGGCUCUGCUAUUAACCAGAGAGGACAAUGAAGUUAGUGAGGCUGUGACGCUUUACUUGGCAGCAGCCUCCAAAAAUCAGCAUUUCAGGGAAAAGGCCUUGCUCUAUUACUGUGAAGCACUAACAAAGACAAACCUCCAGCUCCAGAAAGCAGCUUGCCUGGCCCUGAAAAUCCUUGAGGCUACUGAAAGCAUUAAAAUGCUGGUGACAUUGUGUCAAUCUGAUACUGAAGAAAUCAGAAAUGUGGCCUCAGAAACCCUCUUGUCUCUGGGAGAAGAUGGGCGGCUGGCAUAUGAACAAUUGGACAAAUUUCCUCGAGACUGUGUUAAAGUUGGAGGUCGUCAUGGAACUGAAGUUGCCACAGCCUUUUAAUUACAGGUUAACUGCCUAACAGCUGUCUUAAUGUCUGGCCCUUUUCAUCAAGAUGGUGCUGUGGUUGGGGCUGGAAAUUGUUUAGAGCCUGAGAGACACAACAACUAAAAUAAAAAUGUAGGCCGGGUGCAGUGGCUCAUGCCUGUAAUCCCAGUACUUUGGGAGGCCAACGCAGGAGAAUUGCUUAAGCCCAGGAGGUUCGAGACCAACCUGGGCAACAUAGCAAGGCCCUGUCUCUACAAAAAAAAUAGUUUAAUUAGUCAGGCGUGGUGGCAUGCACCUGUAGUCCCAGCUACUUGGGAGGCUAAGGUGGGAGGAUUGCUUGAGCCCAGAAGAUUCAGGCUGCAGUGAGCCGUAAUUGCACCACUGCACUCCAGACUGGGUGACAGAGCAAAACCCUGUCUCAAAAAACAAAACAAAACAACAAAAACAUGUUAUAGAAAGAAUUCAGAGUCUCGUUUCACAGUACCUAUCUACUUUUCCUUUGGCCAAUAUAGAAUAGGGCUAUGGUAUAAUUCAAUAGAUUACGUCGUCGAUUGUGUCUGAUAAUACUCAGUGAAAGAGUCCAUCUUAUCUUAAUAUGUAUGAAAUUUAAAAAUAGCCAUCUUUGUACUUUUUUGCAAGUUUCUCUAUAAGCUUGAAAUAGUCAUGUGAUACUUCGACAAACAUCAUAUGCCUUGCAGUUUUUCUCUGUCGUGUUCUCAGGGUUGAGUAGUCCCCUUAGCUACCUAACUUUACUUUCAAUACAAAGCACAAAAAAGAAUAUCUUCAAAUAAAAGUUUGCCUGCAGAACCUGGCAAAAUGACCCAUUGUGAGAGUUUAGAUGUUUUAAUUUUAUGUGCUCCCAGCUACUCCGGAGUCUGAGGUGGGAGGAUCACUUGAGGCAGAGGUUGCAGUAAGCUGAGAUUGCACCACUGCACUCCAGCCCAUGUGACAGAGGAAUGAGAGCCAGUCUCAAAAAAAAAAAAAAAAAAAAAAAAAAACUCCCACAGUUUAUUUCGUUUCUUUUCCUCAUCCUGAAAAUUCCAAAAUCAUGUUUCCAUUAUGGAAAAGAAGAUAAGUAAAUGACUAAGAACUACCUUAAGAUUAUGCCUAUACACUUAAAAAGAAACAAAAAACUCAAAGCUUAAUGUUUUUUUUUUUUAAUUAAUGAGAGCUAUUUUUUAUGAUAUUCUUACCGUAGGGGUGUUUUGCUGCUAAGACAAAUCAAAACCAAAAGCUGUAGAUUCACAAAGCUGUGAUGCCCUUUGAGGUGGAGGAACCUAGAAGUCGGAGAAAUCCUAAUGGAGUAGGAGUGGAGGGACAUUUAAAGUGGUGCCUCCUUCUGUAAAAAUGACUGUGGGAUUAGAAAGAAGGACAUCCUGAGGGUGGUUACUGCCCCCAGAGAAAUCACUCACUGGUAGGAUUCCCUGGCCAAAUAGUUCAAACAUCAGGUCCCAUUAUUGCUUCAGUAUCAGAGAUGCAAGUUCAUUAAGCAAAGUACAAGACCAUUCAGUAGCUCUUAUGAAAUUAUCUUUUCUUCCUCUGAAGAGUAUACAAGGUCGGGUAUGCCAAGGUAUCAAAACAAUAUGUGUGAGUGUAAUUUAAACUGUGGAAUAUCAACUGUACUAUGGACGUGUUUGUAUCAUUUAGAUGUCAUUUUAAAUAUUUACAUUUUAGCAAGACUUUUAAAAAGGACUAAUUUCAUUUCAAAGUGCAAAUUGUUUGCCAGGCUUCUGGCAAAUAGUUCUUUCAACUGUGAAGUUAUAAUGUACAUAUCUGUAUAUUUAUAAAUAUUAUAUAUAUUCAUAUAUCCUUGACUUUAAAGGUACAUUGUACAGUCUGUAGUUAGUAGGUAUAGCCUAUAGCUUAUGUUAAAUGGUUGAAAUGCUUCUUUUUAUAGAAAGUCAAACACAGAUGUUACAGGAUUUUGUGUUGGUUUGUCUUUUUUUUGUUUUUUAUUUUUUUGACUAUUGCAUGAGUAAUUAAUUCCAGAUCUUUUGUAUUCACUUCUGUAUUUUAUGUUUGGUUGAGGGGGUGCUUUUAGUUUUGUGGCAUUUGUAUUCAUUGAUCUUUCGGUCAUGUAAGUUAAAAUAAAAAUUAUUUUUGAAUUACUAGCUUCA